UACCGCUCGCCUGCGAUACAUGCAAUGUGUGCUUGCACAUAUGACAGUCGGAACGCGACUUCGGUUGGCAACAGUGAUGCGCUAUUUUAUUUAAAUUUUAUCGGCAUUGAAUUUGUGUGGGAAAUGAUUUUAUCAAAAUAUAAAAUAAUUUCCAUGGGAAAUUGCGAUGGCAUUCAAUUUCAAUUGACAAAUUCUACAAAUUAUGCCGAAAAUAUUUAUCAAAAGUCCAAUAAAAGUGGUUUAAAGUCGAAAUGAAUACUAAAUGCGAAUGUUAUUUGAAGGUUAAAGGUCAAACGUUGAAUGAACUCUGAAAUACCACAGUUUCCCGUUGGAAAGUAAUUUUAAAAAAAAUUACAUGUCAAUUGAAACCGCUUAAUCGGUAUUCUUUCAAUAUUUUUCAAAAAGAAAAUUGCCGAAUAACAUUUCAAAGUACGUGAAUCCAUUUUCAAUGGAAAUCCAAUGGAAAUCGGAUGGAAGCUGUCAAACGCGUGUGUUGAACGCACUCACAAAUCAAAAUCGCGAGAUGAUAUUACAAAAAUUGUGCGAGUGUAACAGCAACUUCACGUGAAUUCGGCAUUCAGAAUAGAAACAAAAUAGUCAUCAUGGCGUCAACGGCAAAUGUUGCAAAAUAUUUAUCCGAAGAAAAGAAGACAACCAACAAGGAAUUGGCUGAAGAAUGGAGCCGUCUCGAGGAGCUGUACAACGAGAAGCUAUGGAAUGAACUGUCCAUCAGAUUGAAUUCAUUGGUGAAGAAUCCAGCACUUCAGUCCGAAGAAAGUCUGCUGCCACUCUACCACAACUUCAUAUCAUCGUUCGAAACAAAGAUCAAUCCGUAUGCAUUGGUGGAAAUGUUGUCAACAGUCGUUGGAUUCAUCAGCGAUAAAACCGAAGCCGUACAGUUUUUGGAGAAAUUGGUCGAAAAAGUGAAAGUGAGCGAAGAAUCGGUAUGGUUCUGUCGUGUGAUGCAAGGCCAAAUCUACCUGGAACAUCUACAAGAUUUGGAUGCAACGAAAAAAAUUAUCGAAGAAUUGAAGGAGGUGCUUGAAGAAUCUGGCAAUGUGACGGCUGUACACGGAAAGUAUUUCCUAUUGGCAUCAAACUAUUAUCGUCGUGUGGGCAAUUAUACUGAUUACUACCGAUGUGGUUUGCAAUUUUUGGGCUGUGCACUCGACGAUUACCCGAAAGAAGAAUGGCCACAACAAGCGUUCUUCCUCGGAUUGGCCGCUCUAUUGGGCGAAGGCAUUUACAACAUUGGUGAGCUGUUAACACAUCCGAUUAUCGAUUCGUUGAAAGGCACCGAAAACGAAUGGCUCAUCGCUUUGUUGCACGCAUUCAAUAACGGUGAUAUCAACAAAUUCGAACAGAUGAAACCACAAUGGGGCCAAAUCCCCGAUUUGUUGGCACAAGAAGUAAAACUGCGGAAAAAGGUCGCAUUACUCUGCCUGAUGGAAAUGACAUUCGUGCGAUCAGCUGACAAGCGUUCAAUCCCAUUCGAGGACAUCGCCGAACACACAAAGUUGCCAGUCAAUGAAGUGGAAAUAUUGAUCAUGACAGCUUUGGCUCAAGGUUUAGUGCGUGGCCAUAUCGAUCAGGUUGCUGGUGUUGUCAACAUGACAUGGGUUCAACCACGCGUUCUCAACCGACCUCAAGUAGCGAGCAUGGUCAACACCAUCGAAGUUUGGAUGCAAUCCAUUUCUGCUAUGGAAAAGCUCAUCGAAAACAAGGCCAACGAGAUCCUCACCAACUAAUUUACCUAAGCCGCGAUUAGAUUUCCAUUAAAUACAAACAUCCAUUUUUUUUUUCAUAAAAUUUACCUACUACUUUUAUGUUUCAAAAAGAAGAAAAUAAUUACAAAACAAUGGUUUAAAACACGAAAA